CCAAGCAACGAUUUAAUCACCAAUGUGCCUGACGAUAUUAUUACCAGAACACUGUGCUAUUACGUCUAAUGCUUUAGGCCAGUUCACGAUUGAUACCGCCGACUACACAACAAAAGCAAAGAUACUGAGAGCACUGUCAGUGACUGACAGCAAGCCAGCAAGCAGCAUCCGACGAGCGAUGGAUCGUACGCGGCCAUUGUACGCGGCACAGGUGAGCUGGGCGCCGCCAUGAUGGAGAUAUAAGUAACUAUAGAUAAAUAAACACCAAAAUAUUUUUUAGUUUGGUGGUUAUUCGCGCCACCUAGAAACUAGGACCCCUCAACGUUACAGACCCCUUAAGGAUGACAAUAAAAAAAAAAGCAGCGCAUAAUUGUUUUUUUUAUUUAAGAACAAAGUACCAUCAACCAAAGAACCACUGUUCUUGGAUGAUCAAAGACAGGAAAGCAAAAUCUUAAUUACGGGGUGGUCACCGUUGUCACUGGAUGGGAACGUCUAGACAAAUCAUAUAGUGAGUUUAUUAUGACGUCACCUCCGUCCAUGACCUUACCCACCUAACAUCCGGUAAGCAAAGGAUCAACACGAAAGAUGCACAUUGAUGGCCGCUUAUGGGAGCACUAGCAGCGAUGAAAGUAACGGAGCACCUACGGAUUUCCACAUCUCCUCUUCACUCGAGUCAAGCAACGGACGCAGCAGCGUGAGCCUGGAACGCUGCCCCGUCUGCUCGCACCUCAACCGGACUUUUUUCUGCCACGACUGCGUGCGGAACGGCGACUUCACCAGCUCCAGGGACAAGUGUCCCGAGAGGUUUGCGGAGAAGAAACUCCGUCUGAUUCAGCUCGAUCGGCUCAAAGCGGCUCUAGAGGAAAGGAUCAAGGAAAAGACAGAAAAACAGUGCAAGAGAAGCUCAAGGCGGCAAGCCAUCAAAGAUGGCCGGGAACGCAUCAGCCUGCUGCGUCAUGCCCUUGUUGAGGCACAGGAACAAAAGGCCAAAGCUGUGUCGGCGGUGGAGGAGCUCCAACGCGAGAAGCAGGCGGUGCGGAGCAGCGUGGAGGCCCUGUCGGGGCAGCUGCGGGUGGCGCGCAAGCACGUGGACCGGCUGCGCUCUGACUCGCAGCGCAAGCGCCAGGAGCUGGCGGUGUGCCGCCGCGGCGCCAAGGAGGUGGUGCGUGCCAGCCUGAAUGAUCUCACCCGCUACAUCUUCCCCAUCAAAGAACACUCCCCGCCUCCCAGUUGCAGCACGAGCGGCGGCGUUCAGGAGGACGACGUCUGGACAGAGCUGGAGGAGGCGCAGCGGACGACAUACGUGCGCGGCCGCUGGGUGACGCUUGUGGCACCGCCACACGACACCACCUACUCUGUGGUCGAGCCAAGGUUGCCGGCCCACGGGGACUACUCCCAGUACUCUGCCUGGGUUGCUGAGCACCAGGAGAGUGCGGUGUCGCCGUCCAUGGAGGACCCCCGCAACGUGGGCUACACCCUGGCGGCGGGGCUGCUUUUCACCGCGCAGCUGGUCUCGGUACUCGCCUUCUACCUGGACGUGCGGCUGCCGCACAACCUCUGCUACAGUGAAUUUGGGGGUGGUGAGCUGGGUGAAGAGGUGUUCCGGCACCGGGUGGCCCAGCUGAACGGCAACGUGGUCCACCUGUGUGCCUCCCAGGGGGUGGACCCCUCGCAGCUCCGCCCCAAGGCCACCCUGCGCAACCUGCUGCUUCUGCUCAACCCUGACAUGGCGGACCUCGGGAGGGCGGAGGCGUUUGAGAUGAGCCCCGAGCUGUCCUUGUCACUGGAGGAGGGCCUCUCCCAGGACCUGGCCCUCUCAACAGACAGCGACUCGGAUGACGACUGCGUCGGGGACGAGUGGGAGAGCAUCGCCUCGCUACCGCCUCCGCCUAGCGACCUUCCCUCCCGGGGCGUCCACUCCACCGCCAUGUCCCACCAGCAGGGCCCGCAACAGAGUCCUCCCGCAGCAAGCCUGUUCUCUUCGGCGGUGGCGCUGGCAACAAACUUCUGGCGCCCCAAGUGAUCGUCCCGGCCGAUAGCGCCAUGGGCAGUUUGUAUGCAGUCGGCUGUGUGCAAUCUUGCGGGCUCGUGGCGAAUUCGCCACCGAUUUUGGUUCCUGUGGAGCAAGAACUCUGGGGCGUUUCUUCACGACGUAGGCCACACACUUUGCUUUGAAACACGUUGCUCAGAAACUAGCGAUCAAACGGCAGUGUUCUGUAGUCUUUGAUGUGGUACGAAUGAGGGAAUGCGUCGUGUGUCUGUGACGAAUUUGUUGAGCCUAGGACGUUCAAUAAAAUAGGUAGUACUAGGUCUCUAUUGGGGGUUGGAAUGAAAAUGAGUGCAAAGAGUUUUUUGAAACACCGAUUCUUACCUAAUUUUUGUCUUCUCUCUAUUUAAUGCAGUGCUGCGGAAGUUCUCGUUUUUACAUUUUUCCGAUUUUUAAUUUGAAACUUAGAUGAAGCUGACUAGCAAUAAUUACGCAUCUAUUUGCGUCGAAAGGUACAAGUGCACCAGACUUUGUGUCGCACAAGCGCCCGAGUUGAAUUUGGUAGCUAGUGACGUAACAAAUGUGUGCAUGGUUCUACUCAACUUGAAGUCAAACACAAUUGUAUACCUCUUCUAUACAGACGUUUGAUUGGAGGCUCGGUAUUGUUGUUGGCAGACCACAGUGAACUCGAAAGUUAGUUGAAAGUCGACCCCGAAGCCGAAGCCGGUUGCAGUCGCGUCUGCUUUCGGCUUCGAUCCACGAAGCUCGAAUGUGAUAUGUACAUAAACACAGUUUCUUGGCCGUCUUUUGCCCGAUUACGUCCGACGUCUUGCCAAGAUAAUUGACCCUAUAGUGCGUGCUUUCAGAGAUUGAUUGUAGUGGAAAAGCGAGUGCUGCUUCAACAUUGCAGUGUGCCGUUGGCCGAGGUCAGGGACGACGAAUGUGCUGUAUAAAGUGUACAUAGUUCUUAUGCUUUCAGCGUCUAGCACCCUUUCUUUGGACAUUGGACAGCCACCCACAUAGAACGAUCAUCACAUACGUCACUUUCUAUCUAAGGAAGUUUUAUAAAAUGCAGGAAAAGAUUUUGCGGACCACUAGCUUCACGGUCCUGGUUGGACAGUGCCAAUUUGUGGCGUCUUCUAGCUCGCGUUGUAGUAACUGACAGAGUGAAAACGUCGGGGUGCGUCUUUCGAAUGCCCGGCCUCCGCCGAAACUCUCUCCCGCGUUCUCAUUCUGUCUGCGAUUACGGUGUGUGAAUCCACUAUUGCCCACUAGCGUUUGUAGCACGAGGCAAACCGUACGCUUGAGCCCUUGGAAGUCGUGUUCUUUACCUCGCAGUAUUUGCGUUUUUCUUCGAGGUCCAGCAAAGCUUUUUGUGGAGAAAAAGCAUUUUGCAUCCAAGAUCCCACCGUUUUUGGAAAAGGUGCAUGCCCACCGGCCGCAGUUCCAGUGACCCCUCGGAUAUUGUGGCUGCAGAUGUCGCGCCAGCUGCAGUAUUGUUUUUUUUGUCCCAUUCCAAUGCAUGGCGUUGCUAGGAUGUCGAAUCGACCGUGGUUUCUUCAGGAGAUGCGUCGAGGGUGUGCAAUAGCGUGUGCCCCAAUAAAGUUUGAUCAAGGUCA